CAUGACAACUCCAGCCCCACCGGCCUGGCGUCUCUUGAGCCCAACCGGCAUCCGUCGCGGUUGGACUCGGGCUUGGCGGAAUGGGGCGGGACUUCCAGUAGGAGGCGGCAAGUUUGAAAAGUGACAACGGUUGACGUUUGCUGAUUUUUGACUUUGCUUGUAGCUUCUCCCCGAACUCGCCGUCUUCCUGUCGGCGGCCGGCACUGUAGAUUAACAGGAAACUUCCAAGAUGGAAACUUUGUCUUUCCCCAGAUAUAAUGUAGCUGAGAUUGUGAUUCAUAUUCGCAAUAAGAUCUUAACAGGAGCUGAUGGUAAAAACCUCACCAAGAAUGAUCUUUAUCCAAAUCCAAAGCCUGAAGUCUUGCACAUGAUCUACAUGAGAGCCUUACAAAUAGUAUAUGGAAUUCGACUGGAACAUUUUUACAUGAUGCCAGUGAACUCUGAAGUCAUGUAUCCACAUUUAAUGGAAGGCUUCUUACCAUUCAGCAAUUUAGUUACUCAUCUGGACUCAUUUUUGCCUAUCUGCCGGGUGAAUGACUUUGAGACUGCUGAUAUUCUAUGUCCAAAAGCAAAACGGACAAGUCGGUUUUUAAGUGGCAUUAUCAACUUUAUUCACUUCAGAGAAGCAUGCCGUGAGACGUAUAUGGAAUUUCUUUGGCAAUAUAAAUCCUCUGCGGACAAAAUGCAACAGUUAAACGCUGCACACCAGGAGGCAUUAAUGAAACUGGAGAGACUUGAUUCUGUUCCAGUUGAAGAGCAAGAAGAGUUCAAGCAGCUUUCAGAUGGUAUUCAGGAGCUACAACAAUCACUAAAUCAGGAUUUUCAUCAAAAAACGAUAGUGCUGCAAGAGGGAAAUUCCCAAAAGAAGUCAAAUAUUUCAGAGAAAACCAAGCGUUUGAAUGAAUUAAAAUUGUCAGUGGUUUCUUUGAAAGAAAUACAAGAGAGUUUGAAAACAAAAAUUGUGGAUUCUCCAGAGAAGUUAAAGAAUUAUAAAGAAAAAAUGAAAGAUACGGUCCAGAAGCUUAAAAAUGCCAGACAAGAAGUGGUGGAGAAAUAUGAAAUCUAUGGAGACUCAGUUGACUGCCUGCCUUCAUGUCAGUUGGAAGUGCAGUUAUAUCAAAAGAAAAUACAGGACCUUUCAGAUAAUAGGGAAAAAUUAGCCAGUAUCUUAAAGGAGAGCCUGAACUUGGAGGACCAAAUUGAGAGUGAUGAGUCAGAACUGAAGAAAUUGAAGACUGAAGAAAAUUCGUUCAAAAGACUGAUGAUUGUGAAGAAGGAAAAACUUGCCACAGCACAAUUCAAAAUAAAUAAGAAGCAUGAAGAUGUUAAGCAAUACAAACGCACAGUAAUUGAGGAUUGCAAUAAAGUUCAAGAAAAAAGAGGUGCUGUCUAUGAACGAGUAACCACAAUUAAUCAAGAAAUCCAAAAAAUUAAACUUGGAAUUCAACAACUAAAAGAUGCUGCUGAAAGGGAGAAACUGAAGUCCCAGGAAAUAUUUCUAAACUUGAAAACUGCUUUGGAGAAAUACCAUGACGGUAUUGAAAAGGCAGCAGAGGACUCCUAUGCUAAGAUAGAUGAGAAGACAGCUGAACUGAAGAGGAAGAUGUUCAAAAUGUCAACCUGAUUAACAAAAUUACAUGUCUUUUUGUAAAUGGCUUGCCAUCUUUUAAUUUUCUAUUUAGAAAGAAAAGCUGAAGCGAAUGGAAGUAUCAGAAGUACCAAAUAAUGUUGGCUUCAUCAGUUUUUAUACACUCUCAUAAGUAGUUAAUAAGAUUAAUUUAAUGUAGGCUUUUAUUAAUUUAUAAUUAAAAUAACUUGUGCAGCUAUUCAUGUCUCCACUCUGCCCCUUGUUGUAAAUAGUUUGAGUAAAACAAAACUAGUUACCUUUGAAAUAUAUGUAUUUUUUUCUGUUAC